UCCUUCAUGGUCCCACCAACAGUUUCCAGCCAUGGGGCCAACUUUCCUGCUUUGUGUGGCUGUCACCCUAUUCAGAGUGGUCAGUGGAUCAUGCCCAGUGGGGCGGGAGUUCAUUACUGCCUUUAUGCCUAACUAUUUGCUGAGCUACCAACAUGAUCAGAGUCUUAAACUGGCCAUAACCACACAGGAUUAUCCAGCCAUUGUUCAAAUUCAGGUCAAUGCAAUCGGCUUCUCGACCUCAGUGAAAAUAGAUAAACAGAACACCAAAUGGAUCGGCAUACCUGGUACCGCUGAAAUUGGGGGUCCAGGAGCUUCCACCAAAACAGUGCAGGUCACCUCCAACUCUGACAUCUCGGUGGUGGCCUUCAACUACAAGUUCUCGACCGGAGACAGCAGUGUGGUCUUCCCGACUGACCAGCUGGGUACUGACUAUGUGGUCUUCUCUCCCGGUGAGGGUCCUAGUAGCAUGCACAAGCUUAUGUCUAUUAUCAAUGGCAAAGAGCCCAACAAGAUCACGAUCAUCCCUGUCUCCAACAUUAAUCUCAGUGGCGUGGAUUCCUGGAAGCAAAGACAGGCGGUGAUUGUUACCAUGGACCCAUACCAGGUCUACCUCUACCAAAGCUACACCACUUUCACUGGGACCAGGGUAAAAGCUAAGCACCCUGUGGCAGUCCUGGGGGGACACGAGUGCAUUGCAGAUGGAGGCCGCUGCAAUCACGUCUACGAACAACUGCUACCAGUACAGAGCCUCUCCACCAACUACUUGGUUCCUUCCAUGCACAGGACCCAAUCAACAGACUUUGUGAACAUUGUGGCCUCAGAGGACAACACUCUAGUGAAGAUCUUUGAGGGAAAGGUAUCCAUUGCUAAAGAGCUGAAUGAGGGGCAGGUGUAUGUGAUUUCUGUCAAACCCAAAUAUCCGCUGAUCAUCAAAAGUGAUAAGAAGGUCAUGGUGAUGUACUUCAGCAACAACAAGCCCUACGAUCCAUUCCUCACCAACAUCCUCCCAACGUCUGAUCUAGCCAAAGAGUGGUCGGUGGACACGCAGAACAAAUUCAAGAGCACAUUGGUCAUUGUCUCUGAGGGGGAAGGGAUCAAGACUGUUAAAGUCUGUGAGAAAAAUAAUUGUGUGAAAUCUCUCCGAUGGACAUCAUUCAACUCAGACCCUAAGUACAUGUGGGUAAAUGUUCCAUUGGGAGAGCAGCAACAGCAUUUCUCUAUCAAAGGCGACUCCCUCAUGGCUGUUUACGUUUAUGGUGGCAUGCCAAGAGACGGCUACGCUACAACAGGAGUAUGUUCCAAAGGCACUGCACCACCCACUACACCAAAAGACCCAUGUGAGAAAGUCAAAUGCAGAGAAAAGGAAGAAUGUACAAAGGGAGUUUGUGUCCACAUCUCCAAAGCAACCUGCAGGGCCGUGGGCGACCCCCACUACCUCACCUUUGAUGGGGAGCGAUUUGACUUCCAGGGCACCUGCUCUUACGUCAUGGCCACGGUUGUUAAAUCUGAUCCUGGCCUCAUCCCGUUCACUGUCCUGACCAAGAACAACCACAGAGGGAACAAGAGGGUGUCUUUCGUAAGGAGAGUCUCAGUCACGGUCUAUGGGCUGACUGUUGUGAUCAGCAAGCAUAAAGGGAAGGUUGAGGUGAAUGGUGAGAAUGUCUACCUGCCUGUGACCCUGGCCGGAGGAAACCUAACGGUGGUGUAUAGUGGCAGCUAUGCUGUUCUGAAGACAAACUUUGGCCUGAAGGUUAUGUACGACUGGAACAUGAAGUUCUACAUCACUGUCCCCAGCAGCUACUUCCGCACCCUGGGUGGGCUCUGUGGGAACUACAACGGGGAUCGCAAUGACGAGUUCACUAACCCCAAAGGUAAAAAGGAACCCACAGUGGUGAAGUUUGCCCAGAGCUGGAGAACUGAAGACGGCGACUUGUUCUGUCAUGAUGACUGCCAAGGGGAAUGUCCUAGCUGCACUCCGGCUCUCCAACAGAAAUACAAGGGAGAGAAGUUAUGUGGUCUCUUGGCCAAAAAAGACGGCCCAUUUGCCAGCUGCCACAAGGUCCUGGACCCAGGCAUGUUCAUGGACAACUGUGUAUAUGACGUCUGCAUCAAUAAAGGCAUCUAUCAGUUCCUCUGUGAGAACAUGAAAAGCUACAAUGAUGCCUGUUUGGCCGAGGGGGUCAAAAUUAGCCCUGAGUGGAGGACAAUCACUGGAUGCUCACUGGAAUGUCCGUCAAACAGCUACUACGAGGCGUGUGGCACAGCUUGCCCUGCCUCUUGUUCAGAUCUAGAUGCCGAAGCAAAGUGCAAGGAACCCUGUGUGGAGACUUGUCAAUGCAACAAGGGCUUUGUCCUCAGUGGAGACAAAUGCGUCUCCAAGGAGAGCUGUGGCUGCUCUUAUGAAGGACGAUACUACCCGUCUGGAAUGAAGUUCUGGGAAGAUGACAAAUGCACAAAGCAGUGUGAAUGCAAUCCAGGAACAGCCAAGGUUGAAUGCAAAGCAACAGCAUGCAAGAAGUCAGAGAUGUGUGGCCUGCAGAGUGGUAAGAGAGAUUGCUACCCAACAUCUUAUGCCUCUUGCCAAGGUUCAGGCGACCCCCACUACCGCACGUUUGAUGGCAAGAGGUUCGACUUCCAGGGAACGUGUACUUACGUUCUCUCCAAAUUGGUCAGCAAAGAUGACAAGUCUCUGGCGCCUUUUGAGGUGCUUGUAAAGAAUCAGAAUAGGGGGAGGAACACGGCAGUGUCUUACACAAAGACAGUCACCGUCAUUGUCUUCAAAAACAUCAUCACCAUGAGUAGGGACAACCCUGGCAAAGUAUUGGUCAACAACCAGUAUGUGAACUUGCCAUUUGAUGUAGAAGAUGGCCAACUGUCCAUCUUCCGCAGUGGGUAUUUCGGGGUGGUGAAGACCAAAUUUGGCCUGACACUGAAGUUCAACUGGAACAGCCACGUCUCCCUAACCCUCCCCAGCACCUACUCAAACCUCAUCGGAGGGCUCUGUGGAAACUGGAACGGCCAACGGAACGACGACCUCCUCAAACCAGACAAGAGCGCUGCCAACACCCCAACAGUAUUUGGGGACAGCUGGAAAGUGGGGAACGACCCUGGCUGCUCCAGUGACUGCAACGGCAAGAAGUGCCCCACAUGUGACCACAGCCUGAUGCUUGAUUACCAAAAAGGGAAGUACUGCGGCAGGAUCACAGACAAAAACGGUCCGUUCAAGCACUGCCACGCCAAGGUGGACCCCACAGAGUACUAUGAGGACUGUGUGUUUGAUAUGUGUAUGUACCGUGGCCAUGCCUCUGCCCUCUGUAACGCCCUCAGCACCUACACCACUGCCUGCCAGGAUGCCCCUGCCAAGGUGGAACAGUGGAGAUCAGACAGCUUCUGUCCAUCUUCCUGCAAGGUCAACAGCCACUAUGAGGUGUGUGCCUCAGGCUGCCCCCAGACCUGCAGUGGCCUCGAUGAGCCUGAGAGCUGUUGGAACUCCCUGUGCACCGAGGGCUGUGUCUGUGACGACGGCUUCAUACAGAGCGACAGCGAGUGUGUGCCACUGGCUGAAUGUGGCUGCAUUCACCAAGGCCAAUACUACCAGAUGGGCCAGGUGUUCUUCCCCAGCAGCCAGUGCAAAGAGCGCUGUGUGUGUAAAAAGGAUGGACACAUGGAGUGUAAUGUGAAGUUUGCCUGCGGUCCCAAUGAGAAGUGCCAGGUCCAAGACGGGGUGCAGGCUUGUAUACCCAUGAGCACGGGCACCUGCCAUGUGAGCGGGGCCAGGAGAUUCCACUCGUUCGAUGGCAGCUGCUUCAGCUUACACGGGGACUGUGUGUACAAAAUGUUGGAGGUUGUGGAGAAAGACGGAUCGAUGGCUCCGUUUGUUGUGUCAGUGCAGCAGUUGACCAAGAUUGAUGAUGCAAUGGUCACCAGGAGGGUUGAAAUACAGGCCUACAAAUACAAGAUAUCUAUGUCUCCCAGAGUUAUAUGGGAAAUAACGGUGGAUGACGUUACAGCAAAUCUCCCACUGUCACUCGGAGAUGGAAAGGUCAGGGCCUACCAGAACGGCAUUAACAUCAUCGUGGUAACAGACUUUGGCUUGAUGGUGACCUACGACACCGUUGCUGGCACCAUCAUACAGCUUCCAUCCACUUACAAAGGUGUUACCGGUGGUCUCUGUGGCAACUAUAAUGACAAGAAGGAGGAUGACUUCCUGUUGCCCAGUGGGCUGCAGGAGCCGUCUGUGGAGAAGUUUGCAGCGGGGUGGUUAGUGGUUCAGGAAGGGGUCAAAUGUCAGACAGGAUGUGACGGUGGCUUGAAGUGUCCUCCCACCAGUGGACCCCCGCCGGCUUGUAGCAUCAUAAAGUCACCCAAGGGUCCAUUUGCCCAAUGCCAUGCUGUUGUGCCACCACGAGAGCACUUUGAGGAGUGCACGAAGGAGGGAGAGGGUGGGGAUGCCCUGUGCCGCCACUUACAGACGUAUGUGACUUUCUGUCAGGCAUCCGGUGGCCUUGUCAGCAGCUGGAGAUCUGACCAGUUUUGUCCUCUGACGUGUCCAGCUAACAGUCACUAUGAGUUGUGUGCCGACACCUGUUCUUCCACCUGUGACUCUCUGAGUGAGUCUCCCAAAUGCCCACUAUGCCAGGAGGGCUGCCAGUGUGAUGACGGCUUUGUGUUUGAUGGUGGCAAGUGCGUCCUACUGGAGAACUGUGGCUGUGUGGUUGAUGGACACUAUUACAAGUCUGGCCAGUCUGUGAGGCUUGGCAACUGUUCUGAGACCUGCAGCUGUGCAGCAGGAGUAUUCACCUGCAAGAACUCACAGUGCAAAGAGGGUCAGCAAUGUGGGUUGAAGAAUGGAGUCAUGGACUGCUACAGCACAGACCCCUGUGAGGAUACUGAGUGCCGUGAGAAGGAAAACUGUGUUGUGAAGAACAAUAAGGCGGUAUGUGUGGCCCAGUCCAAGGCCUAUUGCUGGGCGUUCGGUGACCCUCAUUACAGCACAUUCGACGGCCAGCCAUUCUCCUUCAUGGGCACCUGCUCCUACAUUCUGGUGAAUACGACCGGCAAAGAUCCCACCCUGCCUCAGUUCAGCAUCCUGACCAAGAACGAGCUGCGCGGCAACUCCGAGGGCUCCUUCAUCAAGUCAGCCAACAUAGACUUGAGUGGUCACAGGAUCACCAUUCUCAGUGGCCAAAGAGGGACAGUGGAGAUUGAUGGCAUUAGGUCUGCCCUCCCUUUGAGUUUGGAGUCUGACAGCAUCAGAAUCACAGAGUCUGGUAUUCGAGGGACAAUCCAGUCAGCUGUUGGCCUGGAGAUAACUUUUGACUGGACCAGCCUCUUCAUGGUGACCAUCAGCAGCAGUUACUACAACAACCUCGGUGGCAUCUGUGGCAACUACAAUGGUAACAAAGCAGAUGACUUCACCACUCCCGCAGGUGUGCUUUCAUCAAAUACCACGGCGUGGGUGGCAUCCUGGAGUGUUGCCGACGGUGACCCAUUCUGCUGGCACGUCUGUAACAGCAACUGCCCCAUGUGCUCAGAUGCAGACCGGGCACUUUACACUGGACCAAAGUACUGUGGUUUGAUGACAGACAGAGGGGGCCCAUUUGAACAGUGUCAUAAGAAUGUGCCGGUGAAGGAGUUUGCCUCAAACUGCCUCUAUGAUGUGUGUCUGAAUGAGGGUCGACAGGAGGUGUUGUGUGAGGCCUUGGCUAACUACGUGGCCGAAUGUCAGCAGGCUGGGACUGUUGUCUCACCACUGUGGAGAAAGGCCUCCAACUGCCCCCUGGACUGCCCAUACCACAGCCACUAUGAGCUAUGUGGCACUACCUGCCCUGCUACCUGUGCCGAUCUCAAUGUCCCAGAGAUCUGUUCCAAAGUCUGUGUGGAGGGCUGCCAGUGCGACAAGGGUUACGUGCUCAGCGGUGAACACUGUGUCGUCAAGGAGACAGGGUGUGGCUGUACACACAAUGACCACUACUACCUGCCCGAAGAAACCUUCUGGGAGGGCAACACAUGUCAGAGUAAGUGUGUGUGCGACGGAGCCACACAGAAGGUGGUGUGUAUGCCUAGGAAGUGCAAGGUUAGUGAGCACUGUGCAGUGGUCAAUGGGGUUCAGGACUGCUACCCCCUCAGCUUCAAGACCUGCUCAGCACAGGGGGACCCCCACUUCCGCACCUUUGAUGGGAAGCGCUUCGACUUCCAGGGAAACUGUAUCUACAAGCUGGCGGGGGUCUGCUCCAAAGAUCCCGAUCUGGAGAGCUUUGAGGUGACCCUGGAGAACAACAACAGGGGCAGCACCAGAGUCUCCUACGCCAAGGUGGUGACUGUCAUUGUGUUGGGAAGUAGUUACACCGUCACAGGUGAUUAUCACGGCAAAGUCCUGGUGGACGAUGUCCUGACACCUCUGCCAUACUACUCCAACAACACUGAGAUUCAGAUCUACAGAAACAGACGUUUUGCUGUUCUGGAGACUCAUUUCGGUCUCAAGGUCUCCUUCGACUGGUCCAGCAAUGUGAGGGUGAAGGUCCCGAGCACCUACCACAACGCCAUCUGUGGUCUCUGUGGCAACUUCAAUGACAACCCUGAUGACGACCUGCUUCUGCCCAACGGGAAAAAGCCCAUGAGUCCCAAGGAGUUUGGAAACAGUUACUGGGUAGCUGACGUACCGGGCUGCUCCCACGAGUGCAAAGAUUGUGCCGUUGUAGACAUCCCCCUUAUAAAGCCCAAAUAUGUCAGCGCCUGUGAUGUCAUUGUGGAUAAGAGUGGUCCCCUCAGAGACUGCAUUGGUAGAGUGGACUCUGAUGAGUACAAAGAAGACUGCAUCUAUGACAUGAUCCUCAACAACGGCCUACUGACGGCAGCCUGUGACAUCAUCACCAACUAUGUGGAAGAGUGUCAGGAGAAGGGAGGUAAAAUUGGUGCCUGGAGGAGUAAAGACUUCUGCCACCUCCCCUGUCCAGAGAACAGUGUCUACAGCCUCUCGGCCUCCGGGUGCCCGGCCACAUGCUAUUCCAUGACCUCCGCCCCAGGAUGCACCACUCCUCCAGGGGAGGGCUGUCAAUGCAAACCUGGUUUCCUGCUGAGUGAUGACAAGUGUGUCCACAUGAAGAACUGUGGCUGUCACCACAAGGGUCGCUACUUUGUGUCCGGCGAGGUCUUCUACAAGGAGAACUGCCACCACCGCUGCAGCUGUAACUCCGGCGAGAUGGCCUGUGAGGUGGCGCCCUGCGGUCCGAAGACCACGUGUGCGGUGGUGAAGGGGGUCAGGGGCUGUUACAUUAUCAGUAGCACAGAUUCAAACAACCAGUCAUGGAUCGAAAAACUUCUUAAAAAAUAUGUUAAACCUGUACAUAUCAGGUUUGGAGGCUAGAACAUUUACAUUUUCAAAUAAGAUCUCAUGGCUCUAAAAUAUCCUUUAAAAACGUUAUUUUCAUGUCCAGGUUGUAGGCUAAAGCAUUUCAACAUAAAAUCGCAAAAUUACCUUAAUAUUACCUUCUGUAUGUGAUAACAUAUUCCGAACCAUAUAAUGUUGUGAGGGAUUGAGUAUUCAUGCAUGGAAUUGUUAUUGAACUGUAUUCAUUAUAAUCCAAAUAUAAUACCAUACUUGUGUACUACUAAAACUGAGAUUAUCUCUGUACGCGUGUAUCUGUGUCUAUCCUUUACAACUUUCAAAAGCCUAAUAAUAAACAUAUUGCAGCAAAAUGA